AUGUUCUUCCAGAACUACUCUAAAGAAGAGAAAUCCUGCGGUAAUAGGUGGUUUGAUUUCAAUCAUUACCUCUAUUUAGUAUGUUUGCUAUCAGUACGAGUUGAAGAAGCCGAAGAGCAACAUCUGGCGCGCGAUCUGGCUGAUCUGAUCCGAUCUGAAAAUGGUGAGAGUGUUGUCGCAAAACUAGUUUAUCUGCUGCUUGUUUUUGCAGCAGGUUACAGUCCGGUGGAUGGAUCGCGGAUUUUGGGAGUGUUCACCUUUCCCGGCCGGAGCCACUGGAUGAUGAUCGACGCUAUUAUAAAUGAACUGUUGGAUCGUGGCCAUCAGGUGACGGCCAUCGCGAACUUUCCCCUUUCGAGGAGUCAUGAAAAUUACACCGAAAUCCGGAUAGCACCAAUUUACGACUUUUGGAAGAAAUCUGUUAAGGUGGAUUCAUUGUACGAUCUUACCGAAAUAUCAAUUCACCGGAUGUUGGUCGAUUUCCUGUACAGUUUGGGGCUGGAAACAACCGAAUAUGCAUUCACGAGGCCGAACGUUAAGCAGUUUUUGCUCAAUGAUCAAACCAAGUUUGAUCUGCUGUUGGCAGAACAGUUCUACCAGGAAGCUUUUUUAGUGUUGGCAUACAAAUAUCGAGUUCCAGUAGUGACAAUUGGAACAUUUGGAUUCGCCCAGUACAUGGGUCCGAUGAUGGGUAUGAUGAAUAUGUGGUCCCAUGUUCCCCAUGAAUUCCUUCCGUACACCGACCGGAUGACGCUGAUGCAACGGAUCUACAAUUCGGCUAUAAGCUCCUAUGAGCUUUUGCUGCGCUCCUGGUACUACAUGCCUCGUCAAGAACGGAUGGCUCAAACCUACUUCCAGCAUCUGCCAGGACCGCUACCAUCGGUAUCCAAUCUGGAACAGCAAGUUUCGGUAAUUCUGUUGAACAGCUAUGCUCCACUAACGACUACCCGAGCCAAAGUCCCGGGACUGGUUUCGGUUGGAGGACUUCACAUCAAGGAAGCGAAAGUUUUACCGAAGGAUAUCCAAAGUUUUCUCGACGAAGCUAAGCACGGUGCCAUCUAUUUUAGUUUGGGAACCAACCUAAAAAGUUCUGAUAUGCCUCGGGACAAGCUUCAAGCCAUUUUGAACGUAUUCCGAUCGUUGAAACAGCGAGUGGUUUGGAAGUUUGAGGACGAAACCGUUCAAGGGCUACCCGAGAAUGUGAUGAUCAAGAGCUGGUUACCACAGAGUGACAUUCUGGCGCAUCCAAAAGUGAAGGUUUUCAUUACCCACGGAGGACUUCUCGGUACUCAGGAAGGUGUCUAUCGAGCUGUCCCCAUGCUGGGAAUACCCAUUUACUGCGAUCAACAUCUGAACAUGAACAAAGCUGUACUCGGGGGCUAUGCUGUGAAGUUGUAUUUCCCUAACAUUACGGAAUCAUCCUUCCGGUGGGCUUUGGAGGAGCUGCUGUUAAAUCCGAGCUAUAAGAUUAACAUUAGGAGGGUUUCUGAAAUAUUUCGGGACCGACCUACACCAGCUUUGGAUGAAGCGGCCUAUUGGAUAGAAUAUGUCAUCAGAUAUAAGGGAGCUGCGCAGCUAAGAUCAGCAGGAUUGGAUCUACCGUGGAUUAGCUUUGCUCUGCUUGAUGUUGUUGGAACUGUGAUGUUUGGCAUUGUUCUCGUUGCAUGGAUAUUGAAAACCUUUUCAAAAAGUUUGGUUAAGAAAUCGAAUGAUAAAAUUAAAAAAAAUUAGCAGCUUUUUAUCAUUGUAUUAAGUAGCAAAUUUUGUCAUUGAAAUAAAUUUCCAACACCCAGAAAUUGUUUAUUUGA